GACCUUUUUAUCACUGUUCGAUCUUGAAAUUUUACGUGUAUGUGAUUCUCGUGAUCAACGGCAUAAAUAUCAUGAAAACUGUCGUGCAGCGCGGCUGGCGCAACGCCUCGUCGCUAAUAGUGCUGAACAAGCGAUACGGUGACUUGACACGAGCCCCUGUUAACUACGACAUAUUAUUGCAGACUCGACCGAGCACGGGAGCUUUCCCCAACGGUGUGGUGUUCCCGGGCGGUGUGACCGAGCCUGCCGAUGAUAGCGAACAGUGGUUGAAACUAUUCAAGUCAUUUGGAUAUUCAGACGAAGAUUUCGCGACUUUCUACAGCACAGGCACUCCAACUACUUUAUUUCAACCCAAUCCUAUAUUAAGGCACAUAGCAUUGAGAAUAACUGCAAUCAGGGAGACCUUUGAAGAAGUUGGACUGUUGUUAUGCAGCAGGGAUUUUAAGAGUAACAGGAACAGCUUUUAUGCUAGUGUAUUGGAUGUAGACACUAAAUUUUGGCAGAAAGAGAUAAGUAAAAAUCCUGAGCAACUUCUGAAUCUGUGCAAGGAGUACAAUUGUUAUCCUGACAUUUGGUCUCUUUUCUACUGGAGCCAAUGGAUGACUCCAUGCAAUUUCCGUAGACGAUUCGACACUGCAUUCUUUGUUACAACAUUACAACACAGGCCAGAAAAGCUCAAGUGUAGCUCAGAAGUUACAAAAGUCCAGUGGGACAACCCUACAGACAUCUUUAAAAAAAAUAUCCAAUUGGAAUUAGAGUUACAUCCACCACAAGCCUAUGAGAUAUUGCGACUUGCACAUAUACCAGAUAUUGAUGAUUUGACCAAAUUUGGAGCAAAAAGAAAUAAACACAACAUUGAUGUAAUAUAUCCUAUUGAUAUCAUAGCAAAGGAUGGCACAAUACUUGUUUAUCCAGGAGAUGACCUCUACCCAUCAAGUUUAGAUUAUUAUAACGACGCUAUAAACUGUGAGGAUAAGACAGUGUUACAACUAAGGGAGGAAACAUCAGUAAUCCAUAGAUUGGAAAAACUACAUGCAGAAAAAAAAUCCAUGCUAAUCUUUAAAAAUUAUAAACAAAAUAACCAUAUAAAUAUGGGCGAUAAACUUCUCGAAUUUUAUUAUAAUGAAACAAACAAAGUGUAACCGGUAGUUCCAAUAUAUGCCUUACAGUUUGGCCUUAUUAGAAGUACAAAUAAUACUCCUAGCUGAUAUAUUAGUUCAUCAUAUAGAAAUCCAUAG